CAUAAUGUUGGAAAGGUCUAACUAGCUGAGCGUUGCUCCAUACACACUUUCACUCCGGUCGAUACACGAUGAAAACAGGACACAGUUAUCAGAGCUUUGAUGAGUUCUGCAGUCUGCUGUGAUAUGAAGUGACGACGUGCUGAGAGUGUGAAACAGGAAGACUUGGACAAUUUCCUUUAAAAAUGUGAUGGAUCCUACUCAAAGGCGAAAUGGACCAAUCCAGAGACAGGAUGCUUAUGUCAGUGACCUGCCCAUGCCUCUGAUUGCUGAUGACGAUAUUUACGAGUAUGUUGAAGAAAAUCUGUAUGAGAGCACCUUGAAUGGGCUCAUCAUACCCCCAACUGAAUCCCAGCCCAAACCUCCAUGCCCUCCCAGGGGGCAGGGGGCAGGAGGGCCGGGGGAUACGGACCGCCCAAACACAAAUGGACCCCCAGUCACUCGCCCUCUCCGUCCCCCUCCCCCUCCCCCUCCCCCCAGACCCAGGCUUCCUAGUGCAUGUUUGCCUGUCAGACAAGUCCAUGCACCACCCCCUCCUGUCCCCCAAAGGAUAAACUUACCCCUCGGCAAAAUCAAAAAGCAGAGCAGUGUUGAAUACACUGCCCCCCCUCAAAAGCUGAAUCGUUCCAGGACGGAAAUAGACAAUCAUGAUCCAUGGGCCAUCAAAGUAACGGACACCCCAGAGGGCAGCACCAAGACCCUGGCCUCUUUUAGUGCAGCAACUUCCAAACUGAUGUCACGGUACAGGCACACAGACAGCGUUCAUAACUCAGGGUUGGUCUGGAGUCGCGUGCUGCAGAUCCACCCGGCGCUGCUGCAGCAGGUGGAGGUGACGGUCAGCGUGGCCACUGAUUGGGGAACCCACCAGCUGCCCGUGCCCACCAAAGUGAACAGGACAGUGAAGAGUCUGAUUGAUGAAAUCUUCCAGCUGCUGGACCUCACUCCCAGCACCAAUGGGCAGCAUUAUUUAAAACUGUGUGACUCCGAUGAGUAUCUCCACAAUGAGGAACUGCUGGGUAUGCACGAGUCUAUUCAGAUCUACUCCAAGCUUCAACUAGAAGUGCCCCUCCGACUGCUCCACGUGAACAACCUGAGGAACCGCCUGUGCAGGGAUGAGGAGGACGACGCAGCCCCAUGCCAGCUGUACGAGCUGCUACGCUCCGGCUGUGCCUUCAACACCUCCAAGUUGAGCCUACAGAAUGUGCUCAUUAACUACAACAGAGAGGUGACAGAGCUAUUGAGGCUAAAGUCUGGGAUGAACGUUAAUGUGCUUGUGGACCGCGUUCGCACCAUUAGCAAUCUGCUAGGCGGGCUCACGUGUCCGGAGCUGGAGGACGCCAUUGGCGGGCUCAACAGAAUCAAUCCCAUACCUCUGAGUCAUGAUGAGAUGUCUGAAUGUGAAACUGCUAUGAUCAUGCUGCACCGGGCGCUGCUUAAAGUGCUGCAGAUCUUUUUUGACAACUUCCAUUCAGACUUCAGAGGUCAGGAGGUCACCAGAAACGUUCAAAUGCUUGACGUUGAGAAGAACCAAGAAAUCAUCCAGUUUAAUAUCUCCGCUCUCUACAAACUGCAACCCGCCUGGUUGACCAAUUAUGAGAGCUUCUCUGUUUCCUGUGAGUUGACGUACGGUGGAACAAAGAUCUGUGACACAGGCAUUUCAGACAAUAUCAGCACCGCUUUGUCUUACGGUCACAAGAUCCACUGUGACCGCAUGAUGGUGUUUCCUGUUCCAGUAAAUGAGCUGCCGUAUGAGAGCAUGAUGACUUUUCGCCUUAAGGGCUCCAAGCGAGGCAAGACCCCCGAGCUGUUGGGCUGGGCUGUACUGCCUCUGUUCAGCAACAGGACCCUUGUAAUGGGGACCGUUCUGCUCAGUAUGUCCACACUGAGCGAGCUGCUCACACCCCCCUCCCCCGCCCUGUUUGACAGCCACAGACAAGCCAACGAGGUUAUUCUGCAGCUCGAGUUUCACGAUCAGUUUGAGUGGACGUAUCAGAGGCCCAUCGCCCUCCCCGGGUCGAUCCUUUUCACUCAGCCUUGUGAGGACUUGCAAAAGAAAAUGCUGGAAGUCUCUAAGAAGCACUGCCUCUGCUUUCUAACAAAAAAUGAGAAGGCUUUCCUCUGGAGUAAGCGUCACUGCAGUGACAAGGCAAGUACUUUCCUCCACCUGCUGCUGGGGGGGGCCCCCCGGUGGCACCCUGAAGACCUGACAGAGAUCUAUACUAUUGUAGAGAACUGGCCCCUGCAUCUACCUGAGGAGGCCCUCUACCUGCUCAGUGGCAGUUUUUAUGAUCAGACUGUGCGGAGGGCAGCAGUUCAUUACUUUGAACAGAUACCAGAUGGAGAGCUAGAGGAGUUUCUGCCACAGUUGGUCCAGGCUCUGAAGAGUGAGUGGGAGUUAGAUGGACCCCUGGUCAUGCUGCUGUUGGAGAGAUCACUGAAGAACAUGCGGAUUGCCCAGCAACUCUACUGGCUGCUGGAGGAUGCCCACACUGACCCGUUCUUCCAGAGCUGGUUCAGUAAGGUGCAGGCGGCGCUGCGGCAGGGCUGCGGCCGCGCUGUGAGGCAGGAGCUGGAGCAGGAGACCCGCCUGGUGUCUGUUCUGGUGCAGGUCGCUGAGAGGGUCCGCACGGCCGAUAAGGCUCGACGGAAGUAUGUUUUAAACCACGAGAAGGCAAAGAUGAAUGACUUCUUCAAAGAUGGAAUCAGCUGUUGUCUGCCACUGGAUCCUGCAGUCCGUUUAAAGGGCUUGAACGUGGAUGCCUGUACGUUCUUCAACUCCAAUGCUGCUCCUCUGGGGAUCUCCUUCAUCUGCUCUGACCCUCUGGCUAAGAACAUCAGUGUCAUCUGCAAGACAGGAGAUAACCUGCGUCAGGACAUGCUGGUGCUCCAGAUCGUCCGUGUGAUGGACAGAGUUUGGCUGGAGGAGGGUCUGGACCUGAGAAUGAUCACAUACAGGUGUCUUUCUACUGGCAGAGCUCAGGGCCUGGUGGAACUGGUUCCAAACACAGUGACCCUCGGGAAGAUUCAGCAGGAGUUUGGUCUGGGGGGCACCCUUCGAGAAGACACUCUGGAGAAAUGGUUCCACGUGUGGAACAAAACUAAAGAAGGCUAUGAAAAGGCUGUGUUAAACUUCAUCCACUCGUGUGCAGGGUGGUGUGUGGCCACCUUCAUCCUGGGGAUCUGUGACCGCCACAAUGACAACAUCAUGUUGAGACACAGUGGACACAUGUUUCACAUCGACUUUGGAAAGAUAAUGGGCAACGCACAGAAGUUUGCGAACGUUAAAAGGGACCGAUCACCAUUCAUCUUCACAUCUGAGAUGCAGCACUUCAUCACAGGCGGGGGGCUGAAGCCUCAGCGCUUGCAUCGCUUUGUGGAGCUCUGCUGUGAAGCCUACAACAUAAUCAGAAAACGCUCGGCACUCAUACUCAGCUUGUUGGAGCUGAUGCUAACUGCAGGAAUGCCAGAACUGAAGGACUGGAACGACCUGCAGUAUGUCCAGAACAACCUCAGACCUCAUGACACGGACCUGGAGGCCACAUCCUACUUCACAAAGAAGAUCAAGGAAAGCAUGGGCUGUGUUGCAGUCAAGUUCAACUUUUUCACACACACCAUGGCUCAAGGGAAGAAACAAGUGCUAAGGACCCGGCACAGCGUCCCCGCUCCCAGCACCAACAUCCAAGAAGCUGUCAUCGAGGGUUACAGAGUCAAGGGAAGAGAUGUGGUCUAUGAGCUGAGAGUAAACAUUCAUGAUGGUUAUCUGAACAGUAACAUGACAUUUGGCCAGUUUGAGGUCAUCCAUAAGCAGCUACAGAAACACUUCAUUGAAUCCAUGCUGCCUCAGUUUCCUAGAUGGUUUAAUACGUCAUUCACCCCGGCAAGGAGGAUGUCGCAGCUGAAUAAAUACCUGAAGCAGCUUUUUGAGGGACCCUGCAGGGGGAAUGAAUUUGUGUGCAGCUUGUUCCUGGAUGGCCCCAACCCAAACCAACAAAGUGCAGUUACAGGAGCCCAUCCUCAGAUCCAGCUGAAGAUCUCUUACUCUAAGAACUGUAAGCUCUCGGUCUUGGUUAAACACCUGAAGAACGUUAAGCUGGCAAACGGCUCCAACCCUGACGCCUACGUGGUUACAUGUCUGAGACCGGACCCUCAGCAGAGCAGCACGAAGAAGACAAAGGUGGUCCGCAAUAACGACAAUCCCACCUUCAAUGAACUGAUAGAGUACCAUGAUGUCCCACUGCUGGAUGGGAUGGUGCUGGAAGUGACAGUGAAGAGCAAGAAGACUUUUGUGGGUGCAUCCAACAUCAAACUGGAGGAGAAGUUGCUUGACCAGGAGACUUGGUUUCCCCUGGGGAACUGUGCAAUCUGACCUCAGAGCUGCACUCACUGUGUGUCCGCGUCCAGCAGGGGGCGCCACCACACUGGAUCCACCCACAGAUUUCUCAGACUAUAUGAAUGAGCAGAGGAAUUAAGCACUCAUGUGUACAGAUGUAUCAGAUGCAACUUAACCUCACUGGUGAAGUGGAUGGGGUGUUUUAAUGACGUUACAAAACUGAGUGACUCAGGGAAGGAGACCGUUUACUACUACUCCAUUUUUCGGAUGUGGCCUCGGUGACAGAUGAAGGGAAGGAACUAUUUUUAUUAUUCUACUUGCAUGCACUUUUACUUCAAACUGUAAAACCGUCCUUGUACGUGUGUUUGGUCGUGACUGUCACGACCAAUCUUCCCUGCCAGAUGAAAGAUGAGGUGCUGUUAGCGGCUGCCUGUGUGAUACCUGCUCAGACUGAGUGUGUGUCCCUUUGGGCUGUGUCAACUGGAUGUCCUUGACCAGGGGAAUCGGAGGCAGGAGGGUGAGGGGGCAGGGAGAUGGGUGAGGAAAGUGUGAGCAGGAUGACAACAACUCUGCGUAUCCGGCCUGAGGGGCUGAGUUAACACUCCCCACAUCACUCAAUUAUUUGUCUUUCCAUGAGUGGCAUUCAAACAUAAUUAUGCAAAUGAAUAACCUUGCAUGCCCACUCAAAUACUCUUGGAGAAGCACCUCCGCACACACACACACACACACACACACACACACACACACACACACACACACACACACACACACUCACACUCUCUUUCCAGGCUUUAGCAGGUCUUCAUGUUAUCGUAAUGCCAUCCUCCUUUUGACAGACGUACUGACCCGCACUCCUUUGCCUCAUUCAUACGGUUUAGCGAUGAACAAGGAUAGAAAAAAGGCCUCCGCACUGGAUUUGGUUCAAUAAUGUAUACCUCUGUGAAUGCUAUUUAUAUUAUUUCCUGCUUGGACUCUCACGGGGGAGUAAGCUUGAAAGAAAACUCUGCCUGCUACUCUUUCAUGGUAGUGCUCAUAAACUAUUGAUGUAUCCUGGCAUCACUUAUCAAUUUCAGACCUAAUGGAGGAAUAACAUCUAUUGUUUUGGAAUAGAUGAUUAAUCCCCCAAACAACUCUGUGCUUCGUGGUUUCUUCUUAUGUGUGAUCAAUCUACCACAAUAAUUGCACUUGCAUCCAUUAUUAAUUAUAUGAUGAUAAGAAUCUAAUAUCCCACUCCAGGGAUUUCUUCAAUACUUGAGUGGUGCCAGCAGAGAUAUAUCCUUCGUUAGAGUGUCUUGUAUGCACUGCUGAAACCUUCUGCUUCCUUUCUCUGCAGCACAGAAGGCACGUCUAUUUUCUGAUAAUAAAACUGGUAUUUAUAUCUGA